GACUCUCGGAAUUUGGCGUGGAAAGGAGAAGUCGGCCAUUUUGGUUACUUGACAGAGGGGAUUUAUUUUGUAUUUAUGUGUCAUCAUCAGGACGUUUGGGAGGACAUUGCGGUUGCCAUUUCUUCAGAAAUGACAAUGGCCCAUCCGUACAGUCCUGUGUAAAUGGAUAACUGGCUCAGAUUCAUUACAAGAAGGCCAUUUUCUAAGGACCCAAGGGCACUGAUAGACAGGUUCGGUGCCGUGAAUGACCCCGAUAUUUGUCGGAAAACACCGGUGUAAGGGUCGGUUUGUGCAGAUUAACAUCGCUUUCCAUUGAAUGAGGGUAUUGGUUUUAGUUGGAUCUUCUAUAACAAGAUCUAUGCUAUCGCUCAGCCCCAGGAAACGUCAAUUUCCGUCACAUCUACCUGUUCAUCUCGAGUAAUUAUAUUCAACAUGUCGACCCGAGCACCUCUCCAAACCGUGCAUGAAUCGGUGACAGUCGAUCAUCAUUCUAAAGAUGACAAUGCAAACCCCCGUAUCACGUCGUCGAGGAGUCGGACCGCUGACGAGCCUCACAUCGGCAAAUACCGGCUGAUAAAAACCAUCGGCAAAGGCAAUUUUGCAAAAGUGAAACUAGCGAAGCAUGUGCCAACAGGACGAGAAGUGGCCAUCAAGAUAAUUGACAAGACACAGUUAAAUCCAUCAAGUCUACAAAAGUUGUUCCGGGAAGUGAGAAUCAUGAAGCUACUGGAUCACCCCAAUAUAGUGAAAUUAUUUGAGGUGAUAGAGACGGAAAAGACGCUGUAUUUGGUGAUGGAGUAUGCUAGUGGAGGUGAGGUGUUUGACUAUCUGGUUGCACACGGUAGAAUGAAAGAAAAGGAAGCACGUGCCAAGUUUAGACAGAUUGUGUCCGCUGUACAGUACUGCCACCAGAAACACAUAGUACACAGAGAUUUAAAGGCGGAAAAUCUGCUGUUAGAUGGGGACAUGAACAUCAAAAUAGCAGAUUUUGGUUUCAGCAACGAGUUUGUACCGGGUAAUAAAUUGGACACGUUUUGUGGAAGUCCACCAUAUGCAGCCCCUGAACUUUUUCAAGGGAAGAAGUAUGAUGGUCCUGAGGUGGAUGUGUGGAGUUUAGGAGUAAUUUUAUACACACUAGUCAGCGGUUCCUUACCAUUUGAUGGUCAAAAUUUAAAGGAACUGCGAGAAAGAGUGUUACGGGGGAAGUACCGUAUACCCUUUUAUAUGUCCACAGACUGUGAAAAUUUGUUGAAAAAGUUUUUAGUUUUAAAUCCAACCAAAAGAGCUAGUUUAGAGAAUAUUAUGAAAGACCGCUGGAUCAAUAUGGGGUAUGAAGAUAGAGAGUUAAAGCCCUACAGAGAGCCGCCAAAGGAUCUUGUAGAUCCAAAGCGGAUAGAAGAAAUCAUGGUUAACAUGGGGUACAGUAGAAAAGAUAUAGAAGACUCCAUAACAAACCAGAAGUAUGACGAUAUCCAAGCCACGUAUUUACUUCUGGGGCGCCGAUCCUCUGAUUUAGAGGGAAGCGAUCGGUCUGGGAGUAGCCAAUCCUUGCGCCAUUUACCAUUAUCAUCAUCCAAUCGACCUCAUAGUGAAAACACUGCAAACAAUAACACGUCUCCCAACAAAGUGACGCGCAGUCAGUCUGCUACCACAAGUUCAGGCCAGGGUCGCAGGCGUUACAGUCAAGGUGCAGAAAAUAAUGGUAGUAUCCGACGUACGACAGGACCAACAAGUUCUCAGUCGUCAUCUCAUUCACGACGACAGAAUGACACAUCAACGACGAAGGAGAAUAUCAUAUCAGGGAGAAAAACACCAUCAGGAGGUUCCUCCAUGGAGUCCCCCAAGGUUGGCAGGAGUGCAAUUACCCGAGACAGUUACAAGGGUCCAAAGAUAAGUUCUUCCACUCCAACACGGGCAACCAUGCCAAAGAAACUCAGUGGAUCAUCUUCUUCAUCAACACCCAAGAACAGUGUCAUCAGCAGCAUUCCGCGUCGUACAGGUCGUAGUGAAACCUUCAGUCCAGGCGACGCCCGUGUUCAGACCCCUGCUGAGAAAACACGCACUACUAAUGGUCAGGAUGUCAGGAGUCAACCAACAGAACCUAGCCCUAUGACCAAUUCUACAACCCCUUCAUCAUCAGAAGUACCUUCAGUCAGACCUAAAGGGCAUGGCCAUGUCAAAUCUGCAAGUUUAAGUCAGUCUCAAACUUCGCGGGUUACAGACUUGCCUCCCUUAGAUGGUGAAUUUCGGCCAACAACGGCUCCAGGAAAAACCUCCACUGUGCCUGUCUCCCCAGCUGCUCCUAAAAGCUCCCUCUAUCGUAACACAGCCAGUAGGAAUACAUUCCAUGGUGGGCCUAUUCGGGACAGACGGCAGCGUCAAUACAAUGGGCCUGACGGUCUUCCGUCUCAUUCUCAGGAUACCUCUGCCAUGGGCCAGGCAGGCCGCAUGUCUUUCUUAAAUAAGCUUACAUCAAAAUUUAGCAGAAGAGAAUUCAUACCAGAAAACAAUAGUCAGGGUCGGGACAUGAAAAAAAGGUAUAACACUUCAUUGUCUCCAUCUGACUCAUCUCAACUGUCCCGAUUGCAAGGCAAAUUGUUCCGCAGGUCAGUCAACGAGGGACGUGAAGGUGACCCGAUCAAGCCACGGUCGCUGCGCUUCACCUGGAGCAUGAAAACUACCAGUUCAAUGGAUCCCAAUGAGAUGAUGAAGGAGAUCCGCAAAGUAUUAGAUGCUAACAACUGUGACUAUGAACAAAGGGAAAAGUUCCUCCUGUUGUGUGUCCAUGGCGACCCCAACACAGAUAGCCUAGUGCAAUGGGAAAUGGAGGUUUGUAAAUUGCCAAGACUCUCCUUGAAUGGAGUUCGUUUCAAACGGAUUUCAGGAACUUCCAUAGGAUUUAAAAACAUUGCAUCUAAAAUUGCGAAUGAGUUGAAACUUUGAUGUAGGGCCCAUUGCUUCAAGAACGGACAAGUAGGUUAUCCUGGAGCGGAGGCAGGUUGUGUGGUGUCCUUGUUAACCUGAAGGGUAUCCCCGAGGAUCAUGAGCUGUGUAAGGUGUCCAACGCUGGGCCAGUAUGGAAGGAUACAAUAACCACCUCCUACUCAAUCUCCUGUAACAUUAUCCCCCUCUCCCCACAUGUAUAAUUUUUGUACAAUGUUAAUAUUGUAAAAAGGUCACUGUAUUAUAGCUAAAUUAGACACCCCAAGGCGAGACCAGGGUUUGUACACAUGUAUGUAAAGAGAAAGAGAAUAAUGUGCUUUAAUGUAUUAAAUGCAAACUAAGUGAUGAAUGUUGUUACAAGGCAUUUCACCUUCUGCUAGUCAAAAUGAAUUAGCAGCCCUAUUCUCCCCCAGUAAACUUAAUUUUCUUUCCUGUCUCUCGUCUCUAUAAUUUUUCCUGUCUCUUGUCUCUAUAAACUUUCCAUGGUGCAAUCGUAAUUCUGGUGGAAGAAGGAGACAUAUUGUCCAUUUUACAUAGAACAGUUAGGAAUGAUCAACUGAGUUGUUCUCAUUCACUCGUAGGAGCUGCUCAGUGGUUUGAACUGAUUACAUUGUUUUAUUCAGUGGGCUAUACUGUAAAUGGCCAACAUAAGUAAGGGAUAGGGUUAACUCUGACCACUCUAAUCAUAGCUACAGUGUUGAAUGCAAUGGUCGACUUGAUGUUAACCACAGCUACAAUGCAGAAUGUAAUGGCUGACGUGACGUUAACCAUAGAUAUAGUGUAGAAUGUAAUGGCCAAUGUUACCGUAACCAUAGAUACGGCAUAAAAGGUAAUGGUAGAUGUUACUGUAACCAUAGAUACAGUGUAGAAAGUAACAGCUGAUCUGACUUUAACCAUUGCUACAGGGUAGCUUGUAAUGGCCAAUGUGGCAGUAACCAUAGAUACAGUGUAGAAUGUUAAGGCUGACACGACCGUAACCAUAGAUACGAUGUAGAGUGUAAUGGCUGACACGGCCGUAACCAUAGAUAAGAUGUAGAGUGUAAUGGCUGAUGUUACCGUAACCAUAGAUACGAUGUAGAGUGUAAUGGCUGAUGUUACCGUAACCAUAGAUACGAUGUAGAGUGUAAUGGCUGAUGUUACCGUGGCCAUAGAUACGAUGUAGAGUGUAAUGGCUGAUGUUACCGUAACCAUAGAUACGAUGUAGAGUGUAAUGGCUGAUGUUACCGUAACCAUAGAUACGAUGUAGUGUAAUGGCUGAUGUUACCGUAACCAUAGAUACGAUGUAGAGUGUAAUGGCCAAUGCCACUGAUCACUCCAUAGUGUUUCUCUUUGACUGUGAUACUAUGAACACACUUGUGUGUUUAUAAACAUCUAAAUACUUAGCUCUGUGAAUGACAACAACUCAGUGGGUCGAGCUAUGAACAAUAUAACAUGUAUGGGCAUUUGAUAGGUGUAAAUCCCGAGUCAUUUGAUAGGUGUAAAUCCCGAGUCAUUUGAUAGGUGUAAAUCAUGAAAAUUAUUUUCAAAAACUAUUGAAGAAUAAAUGCCAAAGAUAUUGUAGAUUCAGAAGAAUAGGUGUUACAAGGUCGUGUUUAUAACUUCUUCAAUAAAUUUAACAUGUUCGAAGUACAAUUUAAAACCUCCUUAUAUUUCUAGCAAGUUUUAUUUGUUAUUAAACAGUAUAUCAAAAGAUAUUUCUAAUGAAGAUUUUAUGGAAAUUAUUACCGUGUCAAAAUGAAGUACAGUGGUAAUGAGGUGGCAAAGUGUUACCAUAUAUGGAGGUUUUACUGUAGUUUACCCAAGUAGUCACUCCUGCACCUUCCUUACUGGGUUUACUAAGGUUCAUAAAUCACAAUAAAUCACACCCUGCUUUAGUUUUGUCAGCAGACCUAUGGUGCUUUAACACCACCUCACCGAUGAUUUACAUAUGCCUGGGUUGAGAGAUGUACGUUUCCACUGAAAUUCGAUUUGUGUCUGAUGCGUGGAUGUAGAUGACUUGUGAUUUUGUCUGUGAGAUGAACUUGGCUCCAAAACCCCUGUCUGCGGUCAAUCAUGUACUAGUUACUAACACUCCUUGACAAAGAAAAUGUUGGAAAAGUUCCACAAUUCUUGUUGUUUCUGACCAGCACAGGUGAUAUUCUAGAAUCUUUAGAUAAAUUCAACAAGAGUCUAAUUUCAUUCUGAAUAUAGAAUUUGGAAUUGAACCAAAGCAUACUUGUGCUGAACUAAAACUAAUUUCCUAAAAUUCUGGUGUUAAUUAAGUUGUUGAUAUGUUUUGUCGUGAUAUUGAAAUGUGGUCUGUUCUACCGGACAACAGAUUAUGCAAGUUAUGCACCCGUUAUUGUAUGAUCUCAGAUGUCAUUCAUCCUACCUUGGUCGCCACUGAUUGCCGAGACCUGCUGAUGAGUAUUGUUCUACUAUUAUAAUGUCAUUCUCAUUAACUUCUGUGGGUAUGUGAGAUUGGAGUGUUUAGGAUCAUGUGCUUUGGCUGGACAAUUGUGUGUUGAACUGUUGUUGAGUAUAUGAAUUAAGAGUCUACAGGAUCGUGUGUUUGACUGUCACUGGGACAAUAAUAUUAAUUGAAUAAUCAGAUGAUGUUGAUCAACAUGCUUCUUGUCCAUACACAGUGUCCUGUUACACUCAGUUUCAUAAAGUCAUCCCUCAACUCUCCUAUUUAGUAAUGCCAUCUCUCUUCACAUAUGAAAGCUCGGCAGGAAUUUUGCUCAUUUCAUUUUAGGGCGACACCAGUCACUAAAUUUUGCUAUUGGAUGCAUUCAGCUUGUGUGAUGUUUUAAAUUAGACACAGUAAGUAGUGUUGGAUUGGUUACGCUUUGUGUUCUAGCAGUCUGAUUCUGCAUACAAGUUUUUUUGGAGAAAUUUCGAUUAAAAUAGCCGAUUACUUUGCGAAUCAGCUAAUUGUUGUAAUGUUUUACAGCCCAUCAACAAUCAUUUAGGGCUAAUGAUCAGCUAAUACUAACAUUCCUAUAUAUGUCAUCUUUGUUGGUGUAGAAAGUUUUUUCCUAUCAAGUCUUCUGGGUAACAGUAAUAUAAGUUAAAGCAAAAAAAUAACUGCAAGGAAGGAAAUUUUCAAUGAAUGUUGUGUAUGGAUUAUAGAAUUAAACUAUGUAAACACAUACUUCAUUACACUACACCAUGGCUGACAAAUGACUUAUACUGUAAGGAAGUAAUGUGUUCUAGAUACAUAAUAAACCAAAUAUCAUACCUGCUUAGUUGAUAGUGAGAGCAAAUGGAUGCCUGAUUGUGAGUGGUAUAAAAGAAGAUACAUGCCUAGUUGAACGCCGAAUGAGGGCAGAGGAAAGAGAAUGCACUGGAACCCAUGGGCCAUUAUUGUGAGAGGAUGGGUAUAACCAAAAUAAACAGUAAAUUUGUGGCCAGCAAUACCACACCAAGGGCAGAGCAGCAAUGGUGCGAUUAAGAUGUGAUGAUUUCAGUGGUAGACUCAGACCAGAAAGACCUGUCAUUUUGUCCUUGGAUUACUAUACUGUAGAGAGGGUAUGUUGGAUUACUAUACUGUAGAGAGGGUAUGUUGAUAUAUUGGUGACAGCAGUCAGGACAUUAGAAUCCUUUAUUCUGACACAUCUAAACAUUGGUAGUGUUGAGGAACCUGAAAUGCCCCAUAUGAAUAUUCAAUGAAAAGGUUAAUGUGACAGGUCAUUUUGGUCUGAUUUUAGCACAGUGCCACAAAUGCAUAAUAGUGCGACUGUUUGAUUUUAUUUAUUAAUAUGAUUUAAGGGUAUUUUGUAUGUAAUAUUUUUAACAUUAGCUAAUAAUAAUAAUAAUAUGGAAUUUCGAUGAUUCUAUAUAUAUACAAUAUACAUAUAUAUGUAUUGGAAAUGGUCAAUAAUCUAUUCCUAAAUGACCUAUAACAGGAGCGAAAGUGAUUUUACAAACCUACCUAUUUAUUACAAAUAGUAGUCAAGAAUAUGUUGUUGGCAUCUAUAACCUAAUGACAUUGUACCGAGAUCAAUUAGGACAAAAUCUAUUUUAUGUUUAAUUUUAUGUUUUUUGUCUUGUGUUCGUUUCUGUUGAGCCUGUGAGGUUAUUGUCAUACUGUUUUAUUGAACCCAAGUAAGAUAAAUGACCAUAGAAAGCAAAAUAGACUUGUCUGAGAUCUUAAGGAAAAGAUGUCAGUUAUUUUUACCAAGUAAAUAGAUAUCUAGAAAUCCACUCUAUUCGGGACUGGGUGAUGAGUUGAUUAUGAUGUUGCUGGUAACUGUAGUGGACUAAUGGGAUAUGUGCUGCAUUUGUUUGAUUUAUUUUUAAAAAGAUCCUAAAAACAUUUGAGCAGCAGACCAACUAGUUGCUUAUAUGCCAGCAUGUCGUACGAUGACUCACAUUUCGAAAUAUACCAGUUGGCUUACACCAGUAUCACACAUAAGUUAUAUGUAAUGCAACUCAAACGCUAAGUUAUACAUGAUCCUCAGAAUAGACUGUAAAGUUCUGUACAAAUUCUUGAGAGAUAAUUUAUGAUCCUCUGUAUACAAAUUGAAAAAAAUAUCUAUAUAUUAGUAGAGAGUCCAUCAUUAUAUACGUGUGUGUGGAUACAGAGCCUAAUCAGCCUGGAGAUUCCAGGAGAGGACAUAAAGCCUGCAAUAGAAAUCUGUGAAAACAGAUGCUUCAUUUCGUGGUUUAUUUUCAUUUCUUUGAUUUAAAUGUUCUUGCCAAAUUGCAAGAAGUUGAUAAGGAAUGAGCGAUAGUGACACCAAAGAACACUAUUGCUGAUUUCAGUUAUAGCUGUGAUUAUUCGCCAGUGUUCAGCAUUAUGUGUUAGACAAGUGCUUGUUUUCUGGUGGAACAAUGCUUUCUUGGACAUAUUACCAGAUUUAAAAUUAAUUCAAUCAGACACUGAAUGGUUGACUUUAUUCAAUAAAUCAGUUUAAUUAUUUGAUAUUAAGUGCGUGGCUAUGGACAAGAAAACAUUGUUUCAAGCCAGAAGUAUUCGGUACAUAGUGAUAACAAUGAGCUUUCUUAUCCUAUUGUAAAAUCAUUGUAUAGACGUGGUUUGCCUUGUAAAUUUGAUCCAGUUUACAGUGGCUCGUCUCAACAACUGUUAAGUUGCUUAAGUUUACAUAGAGUGGUCAAACAACUAUAGGGUUGGGCCAGUUUACUUGGUGAAUAGAAAGGUAUAGUCACAGAGUAAUGAAAGUGUUGAGUGGUCAUAGAGGUUGAGGUUUGUAUUGAUAAUGUAUAUUUUAUCCCACCAGGGGCCUGUACACAGGUAUGUUAUAGCUGUAUUUUGAGUGAGAGUGAGACAAGAUUGUGAUAUACUUCAUGCAUAUGAAUUUUCUUUUUUAACACAAAUCAAACUGGCCCACUGCAUACGGAAACAAAGCAAUUUCCUAACGCAGGAGAACAGAAAGCAACACAGAGCAAUUUUAAUCAUGUGAGGAACAUUACACACAUCAUUAUGUUGAUCUUUUAUGACUUCCUCAUCAGUACCUUUUAGUUUAUACAUGAAUAAUAGUGAACAGACAAUUAAAAUUUUCAUGAAAUGGAUGAUAACUAUAAA